UCAUCUACCUACUCGUGUAUCCAUUCAUAUACCUACUCGUGCAUCCAUUCAUAUACCUACUCGUGCAUCCAUUCAUGUACCUACUCGUGCAUCCAUUCAUGUACCUACUCGUGUAUCCAUUCAUGUACCUACUCGUGUAUCCACUCAUAUACCUACUCAUGAUCGAUCACGUUCAGUAGCAUUUUUAGCUGUUAGAUCAAGAAAGCAUUUAAAAAAUAAUACAGAGAAACGCAUUCUUUCUGGACCAAACCCUG